CUUUAUUAAUUUCCUUAAGUUUAAGCCACACCAUGUGGAUACAAAUAAUUUCCUCAUUUUUAUAUUAUAAAUGAUGCAAGUGACAGAUGAUCAAUAUUUUAGGUUGAAUGUACCGAAAACUGAUAGUUGAUAAAAAAAAAUUCUUACGUAAUAAAUAAUAAUGGGAGAGAUUACAUCGAUAGCAAUCAAGCGCUUUUUUCUACAUUUUAGAAUGAAUCAAAUCAAUUACAAACUGAUCUCGCGAAGUAUCGGGGAUUGUUGAAUUUUUGACACAAUGAAAUUUCGAUGGACCAUUUUGAACAACCAAUGAAAGGAAUUUUUCCUUGAGCCCAUUUUUACAUUCCAGGAUGCUUUAAGAACUAAUGAAUCAAGUCCCUAAACUCAUAGUGUUAUCGUAGAUAAUUCGUCGUAAAAGAUAACCUUGACGAACUUUGUUUACACUCAAAUAAAAAUUACUUCCUCAAAAUCCACUAUCAAGGUUCAACCAAAAUCUGAUAGUUACAAUAAUAAAAUGAAAUCUGCCUUGGUGAUAGGUAUAAGUGGUGCUACAUGUAGUGGAAAAACUACCCUAGCCUUAGAGUUGCAAAAGUUGUUUCCUAAAAGUAGGAUUUUUCACCAAGAUGAUUAUUUUCUGGAAGUGGAUGACCCUCGUCAUGUUUGGUGCAAGGAUGUGGAUCAUAUAAAUUACGACAUAUUGACGUCUUUAGAUAUGGAUAAAAUGUUUCAAGAUAUCAUGACGGUUGUGGAGUCGAGACAGUUGUGCAAAAAAAGAACAAAAUUUGAUGCUCAGGUUAUUCUAAAAAGUGAUAUCUGUCGAAGUAGCUUAAGUGCAAUUAUCAAUAAGACAAUAAACGAAAAUGAUAUCGAGCUGGUGUUUCUCGAUGGAUUUUUGCUGUACGGUUAUAAACCUCUUCUACCGAUAAUUACACUCAAAUAUUUUCACAUUCUCACUAGAGAAGAAUGUGUCAGGAGGAGAGAGAGAAGAGUUUACGAUCCACCAGACAUUCCAGGUUAUUUCGAUAAAUGUGUAUGGCCCGAAUACUUAAAACACCUUGAAGAUAUCAAGAGUAAUGUUGAGGAUAUUACUUAUAUCGAUAGCGGAAUUCAAAACGUUAUUGAUGUUGUGUUGAAUGACAUUUAUAAUUGUCUUAAAGAGGAAUAAUGCUCACUUCACCAUGUUUCUCGCACUACAUAAAUUACAUCUCACGCUCAUCUAUAAAUUAGAUUUCAUGCAAAUGCAAUAAAACCAUAGAA